CUGAAAUCCGACACAGUUCCUGAAGCAUGAGUCUGCCUGUAGAGGCAUUUCUCUUUUCGCGGGUUCGUUUCGGGCAGAAGCUCCACAGAGAGCUGCUCCACCACCGUCGCCGCCUCCUCCUCCGUGUUCACACAUGGCGACCGCCGCGAAAAACUUACGCCUUUUUUAAAAGCGGAGUUCAUGGGGGGAAUCACCGUGACAGGCCGUAGAUGAGCGUCAUGGUGGAUUACAGUGUUUCAAAUGGACCUGGGUCCCAGUUCUCACUUGAACCAGAGGACCUGGCUCUGAUAUCCCUCCUGGAAUGCCCCUUGUGUUUUGAGCGGCUGGAUGCUUCUGCUAAGGUGUUGCCCUGCCAGCACACCUUCUGCCUGUCCUGUCUGCAGAGGCACGGGGUGGCCCAGUCCCAGCUGUUCUGCCCGGAGUGUCGAGCUCCCGUCCCUGUCAGGACAGUGGAGGAGCUGCCGGAAAACCUGAUGCUGGUCCGGCUCCUGGAGGGGCUUCAGGGACUGUCGGGACCUGAAAAAAGCCCAAACAGGGUCCGGUAUGUAUUUCCAGUGGAUAAGAGCAGCUUGGAGGAUCAGCAGCAGGAGGGUCAACGCAGAGAGUGGCAAGGAUACAGUGAGGCGGCCUUCAGAUCGCCUGCAAACAACCAUCGGGCUGACGCAUCGGGGGAGCUGGUCUUCACACCUGCUAGCAGUGUCCCUCCCAGCCACAAAGCAGAGGACAAGCGGGGCUAUGAAAACAGCAGCAGAGCGUCCCUCAGCGCGCCGCAGGCGGGCAGCCAGGCGCCUCAGCUGCAGCCCCUGCAGCAGGCCCAGCCGCAGGCUCUCUGCAGGGCGCUCUGUGACUUCAACCCAGAAGAGAUGGAUGUGGAAAACAGCAAAUAUUAUCUGAGCUUCCUCAAGGGAGACAUCCUGACCGCCAUCAGGCGAGUGGACGAGCACUGGAUCGAGGCAAAGCUGGGGGAGAAAGUUGGGAUUUGUCCCAGACAGUUUGUGGAGCCAAACUCUGCAGCAGCCAAGCUGCUUAAAGGAAAGGGCCGGAGUGGGAGUGACUCAGCAGAACCUCAUCAUCAGUCCGGCAGCGGGGGCAAAGACAAGGCCGCUGACGCAUCCAGCCGCUCUGCCCAUUACGGAGUCCCUCAGGUCCAAACCAAGACCCCCGUCAUCAAUGCUUUGCGGAAGCAGCCCACAGCCAGCUCCUUCCAGCCGCCCGCCAACAUCAGCUUCAUCCCUCCGGGUCAGCCGCAGCACUUCUAUGUGCCCUCCGCAGCGCGCAGCCAGUCCUACCCUCGCAGAGUGAACUCUCGGCGAAACAGCCGGCGCUCCGACUCCCACAGACACCUGUUACAGAGUGAGAAGAAAAUGACCAGCGAGACCCCGUCCACAAUCUCCAUGGCUCUGAUGAACCCCCAAAUGGCCUCCUCCUCUGCAGACGGCAGAAACUCCUCCACGCAGCAGCUCUCGAUCAGCGUGUGCGCUGUCCUGUACUCCUACAAACCUCGACGACCGGAGGAGCUGGAGCUGAGGAAAGGAGAGAUGGUGGGCGUGUACGGGAAGUUCAAAGAUGGCUGGCUGCGUGGGCUGUCGCUCCGAACGGGGAAAGUGGGCAUUCUUCCUAGCAACUACAUCACCCCUGUGCUCAGAACCUCAGCCAGACUUUUGGAGACCAAAGCAGCUAACGCAUCAUCGCAUUACAACACAGUAUCUGGGAAGAAACCCACCGCUGCAAAAAAUCCCACUGUGGUCCUUGCUCUUGACAAGGUGGAUGGAACAAAAUUCUCAACAGGACCGGUGUCAGCUGUGCCAAACGGAGCACAGCACGCCGCGUCCUCCAGUGGAGCUGCUAAGCCGUCUUUUUAUGGGUCGUCUCAAGGUUGGGACACUGUGAGACGUGUUUUCAACCCCAGAGCCUCAAACCGUCCCUCCCAUGUGUCCUCUUAUAACAUCCCGUCCAACUCACAACCUUUCGCACAAGUUCAAGCGUCGGGCUACUCACCUGCUCUGCAGAGAAAGCGAAACAGCAGCUUCCCAUUCUCCAACUCCAAACCUUUUGGCUGGAUGACUGAGCCAGCAGCGCUCUCUGCUGGUGCGGUCGUGAAGGACAGGGACUUUGGUGCCUCACAUGAAGCAGUAUUUCAUCAUCACAGGCAGCCUGCUGCAAACGCACCUCAGUCGAUUUUAGUCAGACCUGACGCACAGAAAAACAGCAUAGACAAGCCUCCAAAAUCAGUUCGGUUCCUGACGGAUGAAGAGUCACCUCCUCCAAGACAUCGGACCUCCUCUUGGUCAUCUGGGUCUCAGAUUCACCCAAACUGUCGUCCAGGGUCCCUGCCUUUAGAAGUGUGGGCCCCUUCUCUCACCAUGGGGAGAGACGGACCGGGGAUCCUUCUCAAAGAUGGGAAAGGUCCAGUUCUUAGGAAGGGCUUUGAAACGGGCAUUUCUGAUCCAAGUUCUAACCCGCAGAAACCAUUCCACUCUCAGCCGUCGCUGUCAGCCUUGUCGGCUCAGUUCAGCCCCGUCAGGCACAGAGUGACCACAACACAUCUAGCCCAGACAGACUCAGAGCUCAGUUUGCUGCAAGGAGAGGUGGUCCUCGUCCACAGACCUCGGCCUGAUGGACGGGUCCUCCUUACGCAGGAGAGCAGUGGACAAACAGGCAUUUUCCACAACACUAUUCUCCAAGCCCUUGAGAGGCUCAGCUGACUGUGUAUUACUGCUAAAUUAAUGGAUACUUCUGUUAGGGAUGCACCGAUUGCAGCUUUCUUGCCGAUUAUGAUCUUUAAAAAGUCCCAAUUUUGGCCGAUACCAAUUUCUUUUGUCUGAUAUGUUGCUAAAUAUAGCAUGAAAGUCGCUGAGUUGGCAGCAGUGGGGUGAACUGCACAUUUGCAGGUCAUAACUGCAAAUCUGCAUCCAUGACCUGGUGGGCCGGUCUAUCAGUCAAACCUCUCUGACAGCAGAGCAGAAGAGAACAGUGGCUGAUUUUUAAAUAUUUGCUGACGUAGAUAAGAUCGGGGGAUAAGAUGUGUUUCACAUGUAAGUUUCAGCCGAUCACCAAUCUCCCAAAAAUAAGGAAAUUGGCGCAGAUAAAUCGGCUGGCCGAUAAAUUGGUGCACCCCUAAUUUUUUUGUCAUAUCUAUUUAAACUGCCAAAUAACUUAAUAGAGCAAUUGAACAAAACGAACAAAACUAAUCCUGCCACACGACAAUCAAAUAACAGGAUUUUACUUAGGACCUGAGAGCGUGGGUAAAGUCUUCAGGAAUCAGAGAUGUAUUUUGCGUCCUAUAAUGUGUGCGCAUGUUUGUAACACGUGAUAUUAUUCAUGUUUUGCACUAAAAACCCACUUCAGGUUCCUUGCUUCAUCUGUUACACAAUGGUGAGUGCCUUUGUCAAAACCCACCAAGAAAAUAUAUUAUAUUUGUACAUAUUUAGAGAGAUUAGGUAAAUUAUCUGUACUGCUUUUGUGUUAAUAAAGUAUAGUUCCAGAACCUC